AUGUUAAAAUUAGAGGAAGCAUUGAUCGAAGCGAGAGAAGUGAUAAGAAGGGAAGUAAAACCGAAGCCGAUGAAUGUAAAACAAUUAAGGUUAAUCUUGGAAAAAAUUUGUGCACCUUACGAUUAUAAUCCUAGGAGAUCACACCUUUUAAAAAGGUAUAGGGAAGAGAUAGCAGAACCACCGCCCACGAUUUCCGCGAUCGGAGUAAUGACAUCGAAAGAAAUGAAAAGGGAGUUGAGUCGGUUAGGUUUAAACUUUAUGACAAAUAUGCGGAAAUCUGUUGAAGGAGAUUUUGGUAGAGGAUGCAAGAAAAAAUAG